AUGCGUUUUCUGAGAACCCUUGUCACUUUCUCGUCCCUCUUCCUAGUGAUCUUUGCUGCACCGGCAACCCAGAAAGACAGUGUUCUCAGCAGUAUCUCUGCCGUCUCUCAGGCUGUCCAGGCAAACAAAGAUGCCAUCAAUCGCUACCAAGGUGGCUCAUUGGCCGCUAUUCCUGUCGGGCGCAAAAAUUAUGAUUGCUGGUAUGCCUUGAGAGAGGCGCAUGCUAAACUCACCGACACCAAGUUCACACCAAAGGAGUCCGACGAGGUUGUUCAGCAUUUCACCUCCCUGAAUCAGGCUUCUAUAGAGUUGCUGGAUCUAUAUCGUCAGAAGGCCCCAGUGCUGAACCAGGCUGGUGCCAGCUUCCUGGUGCCGAUCAUGAUGCAAGCUUUGUUCCGAGAGGCAGAUGACUAUUCCGCCGCACUCCAAGCUCUGAUGCCCGAGAGGUAUAGCGCGCCUAUGAAGCAGGUAACUGUUGAUCAUACGGCUGCAUGGAACGAGGCGUUUGCGGCCUACGAUCCCACCCGUAAUGCAGAGCCAGUGCAGCAGUGGAGGACCUUAUUGUCGGUAUUCUCGCCGGCUUUGACAUACCUCAUCUGA